AUGUUCAAAGUAACGUCCAAAGGUGCAAGCAAGACACUUUCUCAGGGCAAGGCCUCUGCCAGACUCUUGUCUGCCUCUGCCGUGACACGCACCAACAACUUCCGUGUGGAAACCGAUGCAUUCGGUGAGAUUCGUGUUCCCAGCGACAAAUACUGGGGUGCCCAAACGCAACGUUCUCUGGAGAACUUCAAAAUUGGUGGUGUACGUGAACGCAUGCCCGAGCCUGUGGUUAGAGCCUUUGGUAUCCUUAAGAAGUCUGCGGCUAUCGUCAACGAAUCUAUUGGCACGCUCGACCCUCAAGUCUCGAAGGUUAUUCAACAGGCUGCGGAUGAGGUUAUCAGUGGAAAGCUUGUUGACCAUUUCCCAUUGGUGGUAUUCCAGACCGGAUCAGGUACCCAGAGUAACAUGAACGCUAACGAAGUCAUUUCCAACAGGGCCAUUGAGAUUGUGGGUGGCGAGAAAGGUCCUAAAUCUAUCCAUCCAAACAACCACUGUAACCAAGCUCAGUCCUCAAAUGACACUUUCCCCUCUGUUAUGCACAUCGCCGCUGUCACCGAGAUCACCGGCCAUCUUCUACCUGAAUUGACAGCCUUGAGAGAUUCUUUUGCCCGCAAGUCUGAAGAAUUCGAUAGCAUUGUCAAGAUUGGUAGAACUCAUUUGCAAGAUGCUACCCCUUUAACCCUGGGACAAGAGUUUAGCGGAUACACUCAACAGUUGACCAACGGUAUUACCCGUGUCGAACAGUCUCUACACCAUUUGAAAUACUUAGCCCAAGGUGGUACCGCUGUGGGUACCGGCUUGAAUACCAAGAUUGGUUUCGCUGAAAAGGUCGCCGAACAGGUCAGCAAGGAGACCGGUAUUGACUUCAAGACAGCUCCUAACAAGUUCGAAGCCCUAGCUGCACACGAUGCCGUCGUCGAAUGCUCAGGUGCUUUGAACACUCUAGCCUGCUCCUUAUUCAAGAUUGCCAACGAUAUUCGUUAUCUAGGAUCUGGUCCUCGUUGUGGUUACGGCGAGUUGUCGCUACCUGAAAACGAACCUGGCUCUUCGAUCAUGCCUGGUAAGGUAAACCCUACCCAAAAUGAGGCCUUGACUCAGGUUUGUGUUCAGGUUAUGGGUAACAACACUGCCAUCACUUUUGCAGGUGCCUCGGGUCAAUUCGAACUCAACGUCUUUAAACCGGUCAUGAUUUCCAACCUUUUGAGCUCUAUCAGACUACUAGGUGACGGCUGCAACUCUUUCAGAAUUCACUGUGUGGACGGCAUUGUUGCCAACAAAGAAAAGAUUGGCAAGCUACUAAACGAAUCGUUGAUGUUGGUGACCGCUUUGAACCCAAAGAUCGGCUAUGACGCUGCUUCCAAGGUUGCCAAAAACGCUCACAAGAAGGGUAUCACUCUAAAAGAGUCUGCUUUGGAGCUGAAAGUCUUGUCCAGUGCCGAAUUCGACGAAUGGGUCGUUCCUGAGAACAUGAUCGGACCUAAAUAA